UGGAGAUGAAAAGAUGGGAGGUGCGCAAGGCGGUGUAUAUAUAAGCCUAUAUCUAUCUGCUCUCGGAAUUCCAAGGAGCUAAACCGCCCCGACGGUAUCAGCGCUUCACAUACGUGGGAUUCGAAGGGACGAAUUUACUAGCGACAUCAGGACUCUACCUGUGGAAAGAAGCAGAGCAAAAGGAGCAAAAAACAAGGGAAACUUGAAAAUGAAGGCCUUUAGCAUCCUAUCUACCUUGGUUCUCGCUGGCGUUGCCGCCGCCCAGACGCCUGCUGGUUUCACCCCCGUCGUUGAGCAGAAGCUCGAAGUCACCUUCGGCACCAAGUCCGUGACGCCAGGCCUCGCGCUGACCAGGUCUGAGACCUCGCGACAGCCCACUAUCGGCCUGAGCAUCCCAGCUAACGGUACCUACGUGUGGAUGUUGAUCGACCUCGAUGCAUCGACCAACUUCGCGAACCCCGCACAGGGACAACGGACAACCUACCUACACACGGUGAUCCGGGACUUCAAGGCGGACGGAACGGCGUCAGUGGGUGGCGUCAGCACGCUAAGGUCAACCGCGUCGGGCCCCGUCGCCUGGUUCGCGCCGAUGCCACCCGCCGAGACGCCGGCGCACCCGCAUCGCUACACCAACCUGCUCUGGGACCAGCCCGCCAACUGGCAGAUUCCCACCGCCGCCUCGCAGAUGCUGCAGUCGCAGAAGGUCGGUUUCGACGUGCCCAAGUUCAUCACCGCCGCCGGCCUCGGCGCCCCCAUCGCUGCCAACUACUUCAACGUCACUGGUUAAGCAUGCUAGCAUUGCGGCUGGUUACGGUAGAUAUCGAAACGGGGGACGGAUGCGGACGAGGACAGCGUGAAGAGGGGCAGUCGGGAGAGAAAAAAGCAGCGAUGAGAACGUACGGGCAGCGAAGAGGGAGCAACAACCGGCGAAACACAGAAAACUUGU